AUGGAAAUCUUCCCGAAUACAUGCAGAAGCACUAAAAUCAUUGUGAAUGCAGAUGACGGGUUUUAUUCGGAUAUUCGAGACCAGGGUAUCGUUUCCUGUCUUUCAGCGGCUGGUUAUGGAGCGUCAGAUGUCUCGAUACUGAACAAUUUCAUUCCAGGUUUACAUUUUAAUCUAACUGAAGGAAAAUCAUUAACUAAUGAAAAGUCUAUACACAGCCUGCUUGAUCAUCGUGGUUGCUUUCUGGGCAAGUUUGGAUUUCGGAAACAUUUGAUGUCUUCAGCGAUUAAUAUGACUGAGGCUCAUUAA